ACUCUUUGUCUUUGUUUUCUUUUUCCAUUAUUAAAGACACCCAGAUACUAAUUUUAUGUAAAGUUUUGUUUUUUUCUGUUUCUUGAUGUGUAUGGAGGAAGAGGAAACUGUUAUCAUUUGCCUGUAUUUUAGGUGACAUAUAGUUAGUAAACGAGGUGUAUGAUAAGCCAGUAAGGUACUACAAAGAUUGUGUAUUGGUGAUACUUUUGGAUAUUAAAGGUUGAUAACAAUGACUAGGUUGUUAGAUUGAUUAGGAGUUGGAAUAAAUGUAGGAACUCAUUUUCCCGUUUUGGCGGAAAGCAUUGUACUCAACACAUGUCAUAUAUGCUUUCUGUGGUCCAAUUCAGGUUGAUAACAAUGACUAGGUGUUGGAUUGAUUAGGAAUUGGAUCAAAUGUAGGAACUCAUUUUUCCUUUUUGCGGAAAGCAUUAUACUGAACACUUGUCAUAUAUGCUUCUCUGUGGUCCAAUUCAGCAACUUGAUACAAAUGGUGAUUGGGUUUAUUUCCUCCUUCGAAUUUACUGAGUUUAUGCUUUAUUCACUUCGAAUUCUGGAUUUUUUCUUCUUCACCUUCAGAAUAUUUGGGAGAUUGAAUUUGGUAUGCCCAAGUUUUACGUGAUUCAUUCUUCUCAAUUCUUCCUGAUUUGGAUUUACCACGCCAGCAUUUUCAUAUCUCAAGAUAAUGUCAGAUGCUAUUCCGACUCUAGGAGCUCUGGAGUGGGAGUUUCUGAAAGACUGUUGUUUGCUUAGUGAUAGCAAUGCUUUACAGUUUUUUUUUUUUCUUUUCUUCUGAUAAGUGAGAAUAGUGGGCUACACUUCAAAUGCAUAAUUUGAUGACAUGCAAAAGCUCCAGGCUAUUUAUGUUCUCUCUCUUUUUGGCUUGAAGUCAUCACCCAAAGGCACAUUUGAUGACUUGAAAUCAGGAUAUAUCACCUGAACUUCCUAUUGAAUUCAAUUAAGCAUGCAGGAAAACGAACCUUCUAUGUCGUUAUUUCUGAUGCCAUUUUGACAAUGUCAAGCAAAUGCAUAUCUUUUUUGUGGGAAAUUCAAUAGACCACAGUAAAGAAAUAUGUUUUUUUGAAUUCAGACUUGUUUUGUUGGAUAAAUUUAUUCUUCAAGAUAUUGGUUGGACCAGAAUUAUUCACAAACCAACCCGUGUAGAUAUGAACAGGUGUAAAGCAGAGAAGGAAGUAAUUCAGGAAAGAUGCAGAAGCUAGGCGAAUUCAAGCUGCCUAACUUCUUUAAUUAUCCACCCUACUUCACUUUGCAGCCUGUGAGGGAAACUAGAGAGAAGCAGAUACAACUAUGGAAAGAGCUCAUAAUUGAUUUCUGUCGAACCCAAAAGAUCUUUGUGAUUGCGCUGGAGGUAGACUUUCCAUUGUUCAGUAAUGCUGCUAUUGAAAGAUCUCUGAGUCAUGAAGCUAGGGAGGCAUUUCUCUCGGCUUUGGUUUCCGAUGGUCGUGCAGAAUGGAUGGAUAAAGGUCAUAGAAAAUGCCUAGUCCUAUGGCAUCGUAUUCAAGACUGGGCAGACUUGAUUGUAAACUUUGUGAAGGAGAACGGGCUGGAAGACAGUGUUAUGACAGUUGAAGAAAUACGUUCUGGGGUGGAGUCCCGUGGAACAGAGCUUCAUGGAAUAGACCGUACAGUUCUUAUGCGAGCUUUGAAGCAGCUUGAACAUAAAGGGAAGCUUGCAAUAUUUAAGGGAACUUCAGCUGAUGAUGAAGGUGUCAAAUUUUCUCUGUAAACCACCAUGGUGGACUAUAUUUUGUGUACAACGAGUGAGAAAGUUCGUAUUUACGUGCCCCUAUGAAAUACUUUAUGGAGUGAAACUGGAGAUAAAAUGGUUUCAUGUUAUGGUACAGAUACCUUACUGGACUAUUUUAAUUCCAGGUAGAAUGAACAUUGAAUUCUUACUUGA